GCCAUACGGGGGCCUUGAGUACAGGUUCGAGAUUUCUGGCGACGUCGAGGAGUUUCUCGGGACGCCGGGUUGUCCAACUUGAUCCUUGUCCUGGAAUUCCUAGCCAUUCAUUCUUUCUCUGUGAUGGAAGACCUCUCUGGCUCUUCAAGGAGACUUUCUGUGCUCACCUUUGGAGUUGUUUUCGUCAGAUUCCCGGGUGUCCACAGCCUCUCAUCCCGAGUCUGGGAUUAGGAGACGCAAGAAAGAGAAUCGGCCCAGAAAGCGUGAACAGGAACCCGGGAAACUGGGAUUUGCCUUAUAAUUAUGCAGUAUCCCUUGGAGGCCUCUGGAAAGGACAUCUGAAUGAUUUAGUCUGGGAGCCCAUAGCGUGUCUCCUAAUUGAAAAGAGACUGAAGAUGAGAGUGGACGGUCGUAUGAGGUUUAGGAGGGCCUGGUCGAGGCCCAAGGGGCACAAAGUCUGAGAGAGAGAACUGUUUUUUUCUGUGACCGAGUGGAGGAGCCAGAAGAGCACCUGGAGGACCUCACACUGUGGCCUCAGGAGUCUCAGUGUUGAAGAUGGGGGUCAGAUGAUGGCGGUGGUGUACUUCCCCUUAGGGCAUUCUCUUCACACAUGUUUCUCCCUUGUCUAACUCCUUGCCAGCGCCCUUCCUAGGGAGACAGUUGUAUACCUUGCAUGCACUUAAACGUUUCCUCUGCUUUUAUGCUUCUUCUAAUAGGAUUGGGAGAUGAGAGGGAGAGAGAACCCUGCCCUUGAAAGUUUGUAAUGUGUGCAUUUCAGUUUUCAUUUACCUAGUGUCCUACCUAAGAAUGACUACUACUUCAUUGCUAGUGUGCUAGCAUCUACAAGGAUAGGUAUAGGCAGAUGGGACUUCUGCCCUCUGGGAAUUUAAAGCCUAUAAUAGGUAGCAUGGUGACAGGUAAAUGCAUAGAGAACAGAUAAACCUGAGGCUGAGCACAUCAAGCCCCAUGUGGUCCUUAGACAUAGGCAAGGGUGCAACCAUGGGAUUUUCUCAACAUUUAAGAAAUCUCUUAGGAGUAAGUUUGGUCUGGAACCCGGAGCAUAGUUAUUCUAAACCCCAAGCCACAUACUGCAUAAAUUAUUCUCCUUUCUCAACAUAAACAGAAAUGGAAGAUGAUAAAGGAUUUACAUCUAGAUGUAGUAAUAAUGGUCUUGUAGUGAUGUAUGUAAAAUUGUCUAGAUGCUAAAUCAAGACUCUAGAAGGAAGAAUUUCUGAAGUGUUGAUGGAAGAAAAAAGCUCAGACUAUCAAAGAAAUAAGUAAACAUGAGUCAGGAAUCCUAGAUUUACUUCAAUUCUUCCUCUUUUUUUAAAUAUGUAAUAAGUCUAUGCAGAUCUAGGGAUUUGAAAUGUAAUAAUUAAAGCCAAAUCAUAUGUAUUUUUAAAUUUGUGGAUACUUGGAAAGUUUUGCUCUAUUGUCCUAAUUUAGUUCUCAUUAAAAAAAAACCAAACUGAUUUAACAGUAAAUAUUUUCUGGGCACCUAUUAUGUGCCAGGCACAAUUUCUAGAGUCUGAGGAUAUAGCAGUGAACCGAACACAAAAAUUCCUAUCCUCAAAGAGCUUAACAUUACAUUCUUGUAGGCUUGGAUGUGCGUGCUGAGACAGACAAAACAAGCUGAAAUACUUCUAUAAAGAACAUUCUCACAUCUAUAUGUUGGUUACUUUGAAGUGCGUCUUUCUAGAAAGGGCUAACCAUAAGAAAUGAAUUUUAACGUCUGGAAUAUCAAAGAGAUGCUCAGUAUUCCCUCAGGUUCUGGGACCACUAAUUCCUCUAGCUGGAAUAAUAAUCAGACUGAUCACUCCAGUCUCAGUGAUUCCCAGUUCCUCUUUGGAUCGCAGUUCUGUCCAGAAAGUUCAGAGACUCUGUCAGCACCCUUGGACUCUGGUGUCUACUUGAGACACCCAAAACAGUCACAACAGAAUUCUCUGGACAGUGAACCAAGUAUUUUCACAAAAUACCAGACAAAACCCCAGCUAUUUGGAGGAAAUACAAAUGAUAGAGGCUUAUUUCCUCUUCCUUUGUCAGUUGGAAAAUCAAAGGGCCUCUUGGAACAAUUUGAGGAGAAAAAGAAAAGGGCAAAAGACAAAUGUGACAGUGAGACUCUAUACAACUUCAUUUCCCAUAUCAGAGAAAGCAUUCACAAGUUGCAGACAUCUGUGGAAAAGUCUGAGGAACAUCUCAGUUCAAGAAGUCAAUCUAUUUUAGAUUGUUUGGAGACUGUGGCCAAGACAUUGCAAGAGACUGUGCAGGCCCAGAGUGAUCUGCUGUUGGGAACUGUGCAUGACAAAGGCAACAUGGAGCAGGUUAUCCUCGAGAUACGGAAGAGAUUUGAAGCUAGACAAGCAGAAUUUACAGAAAUGAAGUCCGACCUGAAACACCUUGAAGUUUUAGUUGCCCAGCAGAGUAAGGACUUCCAGCAGCUGUGUGAGCAGCUAGGCCAGCUGAAUGUGGCCAGCGUCCUAGCAGAGCUGAAGAGAUUGAUUUCAGUCCCCCAGGUACCUGGGCAUGUGAAAGACAGCACUUCCCAGACCUCACUACCUCUGGCCCAGAGCCUCAGUUUCACCAGGCAGGACAGAUAUGCCUCUGAGGAACCAGAUAUGGGGCAGACUCAGGCCAUCCCUGCUGUCUGGAAUCUUAGUAUGGGCUCCCUGCAGCCUGGGGAGUUUGCUAUCUAUACUGAGGGAGCAAAAAGUGAUGCUCUCCAAGGAGAGGCUGUGCUGAUGGCUGCUGGAACCGGCAAAAGAAGCAGGCAAGUAAAGGACAAGGCAGUGCAGACCAACUGCCAGAAUUGGACUCUUAAUAAAACCAGCCCUGAGAAUCAUGGCUCUGGUUCCCCAGGCCACAAAGUUCCUUGUGACUGGAGCUGGGUUUCCCAAGGAGCCUCAAGGUUUAUACCCCUGGACUUUGAAUCCAGCAUUAAGAACACUUGCCAAAAAUGUCAAGCUGAAGGUGUGCUUUCGUGUGCCCCUUGUGAACAAAGGCUGGUGACUGCACAGAAAGGCAGAACUAUGGAAAGAGGGGGGAAAGGCAAGAAGCAGCAGCCCAGGAAAGCCCGCAGAAGCAGGCUCCUAACCAGGAAGCAAGAACAAACCCCUAGCAAAACCUGUGCUUUCAAUUCUAAGUAUCCUCAGCUUCCAGUUUCUGGCCCACAAAGGCUCCCCCUGGAGCAGCAGGAACCCUUUGCUCAGUCCCUGCAUCUGUGGGGCUCCAGGACUCCCACAAAACCAGUCAUCCCUGUUCUGAGAGCAACAGUCAUGCCCAGUAAGACAGUGAGGGCAGCACAGGAGAACAUCUUGCAGCUCAGUGGGCAUUCUUCCAAAAACAACAGCCUGCUUUCUAAAAGUUCCCUGGGGGACCACCAGAUGAGCUGGUUCAGUGACCUCAACCUUGGAAGUUCAGAGUCUCCUCUGUGCAAGGAUCCAGGGAAGAAUAUGCUCUAUGAUCUGGGUUUUGACAGCAGUGAUGAUGGCUUUUGACCAGCCCACAAUCUGACUUCAGCUGAUAGUUUAUUGGUCUCAGCUGGAAAGACAAAUUCUAGAACACUGGGGCUGGCUAACAGCAGAAAGUCCCUGAAGCCUGAUUGGAGCCCUCAGGCUCAGAGGGCCUGCUGGGGGGUGGGGG